AUGGAGGCCUCGUGUCUGGAGCUGGCGCUGGAGGGCGAGCGUCUGUGCAAGGCUGGCGACUUCAAGGCAGGCGUGGCCUUCUUUGAGGCUGCCGUGCAGGGGGGCACAGAGGACCUGAAGACACUGAGUGCCAUCUACAGCCAGCUGGGCAAUGCCUACUUCUACCUGAAGGAGUAUGCACAGGCACUGGAAUACCACAAGCAUGACCUCCUGCUGGCCCGGACCAUAGGUGACCGCAUGGGGGAGGCCAAGGCCAGCGGGAACCUGGGCAACACGCUCAAGGUCCUGGGCCGAUUCGACGAGGCCAUUGUCUGCUGCCAGCGGCACCUGGACAUCGCCCAGGAACAGGGGGACAAGGUCGGGGAGGCACGGGCACUCUACAACAUCGGCAACGUGUACCACGCCAAGGGCAAGCAGCUGUCCUGGAACGCUGUGCAGGACCCUGGCCACCUGCCGCCCGACGUCCGCGAGACGCUGCGCAGGGCCUCCGAGUUCUACGAGAGGAACCUGUCCCUGGUGAAGGAGCUGGGUGACCGGGCGGCCCAGGGCAGGGCCUCUGGCAACCUGGGCAACACCCACUACCUGCUGGGGAACUUCACAGAGGCUACGACCUUCCACAAGGAGCGCCUGGCCAUUGCUAAGGAGUUUGGAGACAAGGCGGCUGAGAGGAGGGCCUACAGCAACCUUGGGAAUGCCCACGUCUUCCUGGGGCGCUUCGACGUGGCUGCCGAGUACUACAAGAAGACGCUGCAGCUGUCCCGGCAGCUCAGGGACCAGGCGGUGGAGGCGCAGGCCUGCUACAGCCUGGGCAACACCUACACGCUGCUGCAGGACUAUGAGCGCGCGGCCGAGUACCACCUGCGGCACCUGCUCAUUGCCCAGGAGCUGGCUGACAGGUUGGGUCAAGGAUGGGUAUGCUGGGGCCUAUCGCUGCCUCCGUGGGAGCCCCCAGCAGGGGCCCCCAGCCCCACCUGCCCACUCACCUGCCCCUGCUCACUACAGAUUGGGGACCGCAACGGGGAGCUCACAGCCCGCAUGAACGUUGCGCAGCUGCAGCUGGCGCUGGGCAGGUUGACCAGCCCGGCGGCUGCAGAGAAGCCCGACCUGGCCGGCUAUGAGGCCCAAGGGGCCAGACCCAAGAGGACACAGAGGCUGAGCACAGAGACCUGGGACCUGCUGAGGCUCCCCCUGGAGCGGGAGCAGAACGGAGACAGCCACCAUGCAGGGGACUGGCGGGGGCCCAGCAGGGACUCGCUGCCCCUCCCCGUGAGGAGCAGGAAGUACCAGGAGGGUCCAGACGCUGAGAGGAGGCCCCGGGAGGGCGGCCACUCCCCGCUGGACAGCGCGGACGUCCGGGUGCAGGUGCCUCGCACGAGCAUCCCGAGGGCCCCGUCUUCAGAUGAGGAGUGCUUCUUUGACCUGCUGAGCAAGUUCCAGAGCAGCCGCAUGGACGACCAGCGCUGUCCCCUGGAGGAGGGUCAGGCUGGGGCCGCCGAGGCCACAGCUGCCCCCACCCUAGAGGAGAGGAUUGCCCCGCCCACGAUGACGGCCUCCCCGCAGACGGAGCAGUUCUUCGACCUCAUUGCCAGCUCCCAGAGCCGCCGGCUAGACGACCAGCGGGCCAGCGUGGGCAGCCUGCCCGGGCUGCGCAUCACGCACAACAACGUGGGGCACCUGCGCGGAGACGGGGACCCGCAGGAGCCGGGAGACGAGCUCUUCAACCUGCUCAUCAAGUACCAGUCCUCCAGGAUCGACGACCAGCGCUGCCCGCCACCCGACGUGCUGCCCCGAGGCCCCACCGUGCCGGACGAGGACUUCUUCAGCCUCAUCCAGAGGGCACAGGCCAAGCGGAUGGACGAGCAGCGGGUGGGCCUCUCCGUGAGCCCAGAGCGGGAGGCAGGUGGGCCACCUGAGCCCCGGCAGCCCUGUCCGCCCGGCACCAGCUAAGGCCUCACACCAGUGGCCAGGCCCGCCCCACCCCCACUCCUGGAUGCUGGGGGGCUCAUAGUUGUCCACGAUGCCCACAGCCCCCCCAAAAGCUGAAUCCUUCCGAGGCCAUGGCCGACAGCAGCCUCUGAGCCCUGCCGGCCAUUCCCACUGGGAGGGACACCGGGCACACAGCCCUACAGUGUCCCCUCCCAGGGC